AAAUGGCAAUUCCUUGAGCCUUGGGGCGAAGGCAAUGUGCGAUCGAGCGCACAGAAAACCGGGCGGGACAGCGAGAGAGAGAGAGAGGAGUUCGGGCGGUUAGGCCGUCGUCGUCUCGUUUCGCCAGAGUCCGGUCACCGCCGCCCAACUCGUCUCUUCUAAAUCUUUAGAUUAUCAGAGAAGUCGCGUGGCUUCGGCGAUGAGUGCCGGGCAUCGAGGUCUGCUUUUCGCCAGAUCCCGAUCGGAGCCGGCGUCUCCUCCUCCGCGGUGAGCGAAGAGAGGGAGGGGAGGGAGCGAGGAUGCCGCUCGUGCGGUUCGAGGUGAGGAACGAGUAUGGGUUGGGAGAUCCGGAGCUCUACCGUGGGCUGGCCAAGAAGGAGGACCCCAAGGCUCUCUUGGAUGGGGUUGCGGUCGCGGGCCUUGUUGGGAUCUUGAGACAGCUGGGCGAUCUCGCCGAGUUUGCUGCAGAUGUUUUCCAUGACCUGCAUGAACAAGUGACAGCUACAGCUGCAAGGGGGCGUAAAAUGUUGACUAGAGUAAAGAACAUAGAAGCAGCACUUCCAUCAGUUGAGAAGGCCAUUCAGGGCCAAACAAGUCAUAUACAUUUUGCUUAUGUAGCAGGUUGUGACUGGCAUGCCCAUCUCCGGAAUGAACAGAGUCACCUCCUAUUCCAUGAAUUGCCACACUUUAUGAUGGAUUCCUAUGAAGAAUGUCGUGAUCCACCACGUUUGUACCUGCUUGACAAAUUUGAUAAUGCUGGUGCUGGAGCUUGCUUAAAGAGAUAUUCAGAUCCAUCCUAUUUUAGGAGGGUUUGGGCUCUAUCAGAAUCAGAUAAAGGUGAACAUGCACGGAAAGAAAAGAAAACUCUGAAGUUCAAGAGAAAAGGAUCACAUCUGAAGAAUGGAGAAGUUCAUGCAGCAUACACAUCAGGGCGCAGUAACAGCCUAGCUAGCAUCUUACAUUUUGCAUCUCCAAGCACUGACGCGCAAAGCUCUUCGACCGAGAAUAUAUCAACACCUGAUAUGAGAUUCAAUCCUGAAAUUGCUGGCAAAUCCAGGCCUUUUGAUUCAAAGAUUAGGUCAAGUUAUGUUGAAGAAGUUUCAGAUACAAACCCGUCAGUGGUGCCUGUUGUCCCAGAAUAUGAUAAACUGUCUGAUUCUAAGUUACAUAUCAAACAAAGUGGUUCUUGUGCUUCUGUUUUACAUGAUGAACCUAAUGGAGAUGUUGCAGACAGUAAUUCUCAACAUGAUUCUUUGCGAGGGCAGAGUGUUGACAGAUCAUCUUCUGUUACAUGGGAUGAAAAAAUUGAAAUUAUUAAGGCUACCAGUCCCAUAUCAUGCGAUGACAUAAUUGCAGAUAAGCUCCAAGAUUCAGAGUCUCUGCCAGUAAACUCUGAACCACCAAAAAUGGAUCAUACAAAAGUUGAAGUCUCAGAGCAAGAGGACAUCUUGUUUGAUAUUGCUAAAUUGCCAGUAUCAUUAUCUGGUGUGAACCACAUUGACGAAGUCACAAGUGAGACAGAUAACUAUAUGGAUGCACUUAAUACACUAGAAUCUGAGGCAGAUACAGAAGCUGAAUGCCAAACCAAACGGGAAGUCAAUGCAGUAUCAAAUUUCAAUUCUCAAGGAAUGGAAUCUGGAACUGGAAAGAUUUGGGAGACAGCUGGGAAAAAUCCUGAUUCCUGUGAUAAUAAAUCUUUGAAUGCAUCUAAUGGGCUCUUAAACCAAGAUGUGUCUCCAAAAUUUUCGAACUUGGUCUCUUCGAAUAGUUUGGAAUGUGUACAGUCACCUCACGUGACUGACUCUGCUUCCAACCCAGAAUGCUCUAUUGCCAAUGAUUUGUCUGAAAAUAAUUAUCAUGAUAUCAUGAGAAGGAAUGGCUAUGAAGGCAUUGACAAUGAUCCAUCUCCAGAUUCAAGCAUUCCUAGUUUGCAAACCAGGUUGGGCAGUGAAAUUCUAAUAGAGACAUCCAUGUCUCAACAUUCUCCUUCUGUUGAUACUGCUGACAUGUCUUCCAUUAAACUGUGGACAAAUGCUGGCCUUUUUGGUGUUGAACCUUCAAAACCUCCAGAUCUUGGUGUUCCAAAUAUUGCAAGUGAGAAUACUGUAUCUGAUUCUAAAAGUUAUACAUGUGAUCUUUUAAGUGACACAGAGAAAACUAACUUGCAUGCUAAUGGAUUAGCUUCCAAAUCAGACACUUUAGAUAUGCCAAAUGAAAGCAUGUUAAAUGGUUUCAACUCGAUGAAGAAAAUAGAUGAGACAUUGUCUACUUCAAAUUCCUUAGUUCAGAGUAAUUUAAGUGGUGAUCACUUGUUUGUCAGAGCAUAUAAUGCGGCACAACAGCAUGAUCCAUCCAAUUGUUCCCCAUCCUUCAAAGCAUACCUACAUGGGGAUAGGCCUAUCAAGCAGAUGUCAUCUUGUUCCCCAUCCUUUACUGGCAUCUAUGCUCUCUCUGAUGAACCUGAUCUAACAAGAAACAAUGGCCUUGCUCCUAACGCUGAACUAUCAGCUACUUGUAAUAUUGAGUCACAAUGCAGUGAAGCUGGCCAAAGCGCAAAUAUUAUCUCAUCCAGUUUUACUGGCCUUGCACAGAGAUUUCUUGCAAAUACUCUUAGAAAAGCAUCACUUACUGCACCAACUGGAACGAUGAAUGCUGAAGAAAGGAAGUCAGAGGAGAGUUACCUUCCAAAUAACCACCAGAACACACCAACUGGAGUUGUAUCUCAGGAUUCCAAUGAAGAGAACACCAAAGAAAAGAUUGGACAUAGAGCAUUGAAAAAUUCUCUCUCUUCUACCUCGCAUUACUCAGAGCAAUCCUCUCCACCACUUGAACACAUGAAGAUCUCUUUUCAUCCUAUGAAUGGCUUGGAAUCCAAAUUGAAACUGGAAUUUCCCAAUGGCAACCUCCAUGAAAGCAUUGAAGAUUUGAUGUUUCCAUCAUUUCAGUUGCUUCCAGAGCCUGUGGUUCCUUUGGCAGACAGUGGCUCUGAUUCAGAUGAUGACACAUUUUGUAGGUCUUGUCCAUAUUCUUCCGAGGAUCUUCUCAGCCCUCGCUCGUAUUCGAACUCUGAGCUGUGGGAACAAGAUGAAAGAAAUGGAUGCAAAGAGCAUGGGUUAUUUGGUGAUUCACAUGGAAUUUCAUCUUCAACAACAUCCAUCUCUAACAACAUGAGAUUUGAGCAAUUGAACCAUUCCAGCAAAGUCACAGUCAAUGGAUUUGGGGAUUUGGAGGCUGAGAAUGGCACAUUGUCUUUUCGAUCUGGUUCCAUAGUGGACCUCCCUGGUCUUGAAUCUGUUAUCUCAUUGAAAAAUCAAUGGGAAGGAAGAUUUGUUUUCUUGUCAGAUGAUCCAAUGAUCUCUACAUUGCAAGCCCCAGAUCGGCAGCCACCACCGCCACCUCUCCCUCCAAUGCAGUGGAGAAUAAUGAAGCCAUCAAUUGCUUCACGAGAGGAUAGAGAUGCUAAUACUGUUGCCCAUGUUAACCAGUUUGAUGCUCUACAAGAUCCAACUUUUGCUGCUCUGCAGCAAGAACAAAGUGCACCAAAACCACCAUCUAUCUCUGAAGUGAUCGCACCACAUCCCAAGAAGAAUAUGCAAGAUCAGCAGAAGCUGAAUGGGCACAAAGAGUCAAAGCACGUUGCUGAUAACAAGGAACUAAGGGAAGAGUUGCUACAUCAUAUAAGGGACAAGCAUGAUCAGCAGAAGCUGAAUGGACACAAAGGACUGGAAAAUGAGAGUGCUAGCAAUAAGGAUCUUGAUGAAAGGGGGGAAUUGCUACAUCAGAUCAGGAACAAGACAUUUAACCUGAGACACACCAUGACAUCAAAGCCAACUAUCGUUUCACAGCCUACCACCAAUGUCAAUGUUGCUGCAAUCUUAGAGAAGGCAAAUGCAAUCCGCCAGGCAUUUGUGGGUAGCGAUGAGGGUGGUGAUGAUGACAACUGGAGUGAUGGAACGAACGCUCAUCGGAGAGGGAAAGACAUGUCGAAGAAUUCGCUGGAGAGGCAUGCGUCGGUGGAUGCGCAGCUGAGGCUUCUGGCGCCGGGGAAGGUGUCGGAGGACGACAAGCUGGUGGAGUACGACGCUCUGCUCUUGGAUCGCUUUCUUGACAUCCUACAGGACUUGCAUGGCGAAAAUCUCAGGGAAACGGUUCAAGAAUGCUACGAACUCUCUGCCGAGUAUGGGAGGAAGCAGGACCUAAAAAAGCUGGGUGAAUUGGGGAAUGUGCUCACCAGUCUGGAUCCCGGGGAUUCUAUUGUGGUUGCUAGCUCAUUCUCCCACAUGCUUAACCUGGCCAACUUGGCUGAGGAGGUCCAGAUCGCCCAUCGGCGGAGGAUCAAGCUGAAAAAGGGAGAUUUUGCCGAUGAGAAUUCUGCACCCACUGAGUCAGACAUCGAGGAGACUCUUAAAAGGCUUGUGGUGCAGCUGAAGAAGUCACCUCAGGAGGUCUUUGAUGCUCUCAAGAACCAGACAGUUGAUCUGGUUUUCACUGCACACCCUACUCAAUCAAUCCGCAGAUCUCUGCUUCAGAAACAUGCAAGGAUAAGGAAUUGUUUGGCACAACUUAAUGCCAAGGACAUUACUCCCGAUGACAACCAGGAGCUUGAUGAAGCUCUUCAGAGAGAGAUUCAAGCUGCCUUUAGAACUGAUGAAAUCCGAAGAACACCACCAGCUCCACAGGAUGAAAUGCGGGCAGGCAUGAGUUAUUUUCAUGAAACAAUUUGGAAGGGAGUGCCAAAAUUCUUGCGCCGUGUUGAUACUGCUCUGAAGAACAUCGGGAUCAAUGAGCGGGUUCCUUAUAAUGCUCCUCUUAUUCAAUUUUCUUCCUGGAUGGGUGGUGACCGUGAUGGAAAUCCUAGAGUUACUCCAGACGUUACAAGGGAUGUAUGCUUAUUGGCUAGAUUGAUGGCUGCAAACUUGUACUACUCCCAGAUAGAAGAUUUAAUGUUUGAGCUGUCCAUGUGGCGCUGCAGUGAUGAACUACGAGUUCGAGCUAAUGAACUGCACCAGUCCUCAAAGAAAGAUGCAAAACAUUAUAUAGAGUUUUGGAAACGAAUUCCUCCAAAUGAACCUUAUCGUGUUAUACUUGGUGAUGUGAGGGAUAAGCUAUAUAAUACACGUGAGCGUUCCCAUCAACUAUUGUCAAGUGGAUAUUCUGACAUUCCUGAGGAAGCCACUUUUACCAAUGUUGAGCAGUUUCUCGAACCCCUUGAGCUCUGUUACAGAUCACUUUGCUCUUGUGGUGAUAGACCAAUUGCUGAUGGAAGCCUUCUUGACUUCUUGCGCCAAGUAUCAACUUUUGGCCUCUCUCUCGUGAGACUAGAUAUCAGACAAGAGUCUGAUAGGCACACUGAUGUUAUUGAUGCUAUCACUAGACAUCUUGGAAUUGGAUCAUACCGUGAUUGGCCUGAGGAACAACGUCAGGAGUGGCUGCUGUCCGAGCUUAGGGGCAAGCGCCCUCUAUUUGGUCCUGAUCUUCCCCAAACAGAGGAAAUUGCUGAUGUCUUGGAUACAUUCCAUGUCAUAGCAGAGCUUCCUGAUGAUAAUUUCGGGGCCUAUAUCAUCUCAAUGGCAACUGCUCCAUCAGAUGUGCUUGCAGUCGAGCUCUUGCAGCGUGAAUGCCGUGUGAAGAAACCAUUGAGAGUUGUGCCAUUGUUUGAGAAACUUGCAGAUCUUGAGGGAGCACCUGCAGCUCUAGCCCGACUCUUCUCAAUAGACUGGUACAGAGAUCAGAUUAAUGGAAAACAGGAGGUCAUGAUUGGGUAUUCAGAUUCUGGUAAGGAUGCUGGUCGUUUAUCUGCAGCUUGGCAGUUAUAUAAAGCUCAAGAGGAGCUCAUAAAGGUUGCUAAGCAAUAUGGAGUGAAGUUGACAAUGUUUCAUGGACGAGGGGGGACUGUUGGGAGAGGAGGUGGUCCUACUCAUCUUGCUAUAUUGUCUCAGCCGCCAGACACUAUUCAUGGAUCACUCCGUGUGACAGUUCAAGGUGAAGUCAUUGAGCAGUCUUUUGGAGAGGAACAUCUGUGCUUUAGAACUCUUCAACGUUUCACCGUAGCUACCCUUGAACAUGGUAUGCACCCUCCAAUUUCUCCAAAGCCAGAAUGGCGUGCACUGAUGGAUGAGAUGGCUGUAGUAGCCACAAAGGAAUAUCGCUCGAUUGUCUUUCAAGAACCACGCUUUGUCGAAUACUUCCGCCUGGCCACGCCUGAGCUGGAAUAUGGUAGGAUGAACAUUGGCAGCAGGCCAUCGAAAAGGAAGCCUAGUGGGGGCAUAGAAUCACUCCGUGCAAUUCCAUGGAUUUUUGCUUGGACACAGACAAGGUUUCACCUUCCCGUGUGGCUUGGAUUUGGUGCAGCAUUCAAGCACAUCAUGGAAAAGGAUAUCAGAAAUCUUCAUACACUGCAAGAAAUGUACAAUGGAUGGCCAUUUUUCAGGGUCACAAUAGACUUGGUGGAGAUGGUUUUUGCUAAGGGAGAUCCAGGAAUUGCUUCUUUAUAUGACAAAUUGCUUGUAUCUGAAGAUUUAUGGCCAUUUGGGGAGCGACUGAGAACCAACUAUGAAGAGACAAAACGCCUUCUUCUUCAGGUUGCUGGUCACAAGGAUCUUCUCGAAGGCAAUCCUUACUUGAAGCAGAGAUUAUGUCUCCGUGAUUCUUACAUAACCAGUCUGAAUGUUUGUCAAGCUUACACACUGAAGCAGAUCAGGGACCCCAAUUUCCAUGUAAAGGUAAGGCCACACUUGUCCAAGGAGAUCAUGGAUUCUAGCAAGCCAGCUGCUGAAUUAGUGAAGUUGAAUCCCACAAGCGAAUAUGCCCCUGGGCUGGAAGACACACUUAUCUUGACCAUGAAGGGUAUUGCUGCUGGCAUGCAGAAUACUGGUUAGGUUGGUAAGUUUAUUAGACGCUCCUCAUAGAUUUCAAGAACCGUGUGUUGUGUCUUGUCUGGUAAAGAGUUCAACAUGCCUUCAUGCUUUCGCAGCUUUACAACAUUUUUGAGAGUACUUGGUAUACAAUUCGACUGUUAAGUGUUUCUGUAUUUUGCCAGAAGAAACUGUUUCUGCAGUGUUGCUCCUUUCGACAUAAAUUAUAAGAGCCUUUGUGCUGGCUGGAAUAAUAUGUCAAGUUUAUCUCUGCUUUGCUCUUUACCAUAAUAAUUAUGCAAGCAUAUGCUCGCUGUUGUCUCA